AUGCGCGCAGGAGAAACCGCACCCUGUGUUUGGGAUAUGGUAUGUGCGGAAUUAGGGAAGUGAAGACAUUUCCUACAAUUUAUUGGCCUUAGUUUCAGCCGGUUUUUGCAUGAUUAAGUUUUCCUUAGUGUCUUCGUGCAAAAUAUUUUUCAAAUUUGUUUGAAGUUAAUGCAGUCGUUGUGAUAAGGCUACUUCAAUGCAGCACGCAUCGCUUCUAUAACGGAGCCGCCAGGGAUUUCUAACAUACUUUCCUUGGCGGAGUCUGCCGGUGUUCCUUAUAACAUCCUCCCGGAUUUUUACAUUUUUCUUUUCCCCUUGCAACAGUUUGUGCAUUUAACUUCAAUAUGAAUGAAUUGGACAGUCUACGACAAGAGGCAGAAACCCUCAAAAACACCAUUCGAGAUGCCCGAAAGGCUGCGUGUGAUACCACCUUGGUACAAGCAACUGCAAACAUGGAACCAGUUGGAAGAAUCCAGAUGAGGACACGGCGCACACUCAGAGGCCACUUGGCUAAGAUUUAUGCCAUGCAUUGGGGAUCCGAUUCAAGAUAUCUUGUGUCGGCUUCCCAAGAUGGCAAGCUUAUAGUUUGGGACGCAUACACAACUAACAAGGUGCAUGCGAUUCCCUUACGUUCAAGCUGGGUAAUGACUUGUGCCUAUGCUCCUUCUGGAAGUUAUGUGGCCUGUGGAGGUCUUGACAAUAUAUGCUCUAUAUACAGCCUCAAGACUCGUGAAGGCAAUGUGCGAGUCAGUCGAGAGCUUCCUGGCCACACUGGUUACUUGUCUUGUUGCCGUUUUCUAGAUGAUAACCAAAUAGUCACAAGUUCAGGAGACAUGACUUGUGCCCUUUGGGACAUAGAAACUGGGCAACAGUGUACUUCUUUCACCGGGCAUACUGGAGAUGUUAUGUCACUGUCUUUAUCACCAGAUAUGCGCACAUUUGUGUCUGGUGCAUGUGAUGCCUCAGCAAAAUUAUGGGAUAUUCGAGAUGGUAUGUGUAAGCAGACUUUCCCUGGGCAUGAAUCUGAUAUCAAUGCUGUUACAUUUUUUCCCAAUGGUUAUGCUUUUGCUACUGGUUCAGAUGAUGCUACUUGCCGUCUGUUUGAUAUCCGUGCUGACCAGGAACUGGCUAUGUACUCCCACGACAAUAUCAUAUGUGGCAUUACAUCAGUAGCAUUCUCAAAGAGUGGGCGUUUGCUUCUGGCUGGUUAUGACGAUUUUAAUUGCAAUGUCUGGGAUUCUAUGAAAGCAGAACGAGCAGGUGUCCUUGCUGGUCAUGACAAUAGAGUAAGUUGUCUUGGUGUAACUGAAGAUGGCAUGGCUGUUGCCACUGGAUCCUGGGACAGCUUCCUCAAAAUUUGGAAUUGAUGCUGGCAACAAAACAUAUUUCCUGGACCAGUUAAUUGUUGUUUACACAUGAACACAGUAGUGUUGCUUCCUGGCCUUCUUUUGUAAUUUUACAUCUAGCACAUUAUCAGGCCCGAGUCUGUCGUGAGGAAAAUUUUCUUUCCAUUCGUAUGUGUGAUUUGGCGUUCAUAUUCAGACGUGCAUGUUUAUAUCUAUAUCUGUGAGUGAGUGAUCCAAAACAGUCACAAAAAAAAAAUUUCUAUGAAGGCCCCUUUUAAUUUUUCUUCAUGCUGAAUUUAUAUACAGCUCUGUCUAGUCAUACUCUGUCGCAAAACUGCCCGAAGCACGGUGGCCGAAGUCGCACAGUGCUUACUGUCUUUUGCUUGCAUAGUAUUCACUUGACAGUUAUAUAUGUAAAUAUUAUAUAUAUAUAUAUAACUUAUUGCCCUGAUAAUAUGCUCCAUUUCAAUUGUAGUUUAUCUAGGGGAGAGAAGAAUUUCAGGCACAGAGAUUGACCCGUUUUGCGAAACUCAAGAUUCUUGUUCAUUGUCUGCGAUCUGAAGAGGCAAGAUUUGUGUUGGCUGGGACCAGGGGUCAGCUCGAGCCCCGCUUGAUUCCUGGUCUACUCAACACGAGGACGGCGGUUUCCGAACGGGUGAAUCUUUGCGCGGAAGGAUGCAUGUCUCUCUUAUUAGGCAUGCAUUUAUGUCGAAUUCUAUUCCAGGCUUACCAAGUGAAUGUGUUGUUGUAAACCUUAUUUGUCAGAUCAGUUACAUUUACUCUGAGUGCUAGAUGUGGAUUCCAUUUGUAAAUAAUGUGAAUUCGUUAUUGUUGGUCAAAUCAUUAUGCAUAAUCUAGGGUUUUGUCAAACUGUUUCUCCGUACCUCCGAUCGGAGGCACGUCUCCUUAGGAUGCACGGUUUCACUCCUCUCGGGACCACUGAGCUGUGGAACUUCGCCCUCCCCAUUCGAUGAAAUCACUGCUGAAAUUCCAAGUUGGACUCAACUUGCAGACCUAUGAUGUCUGUAACUGCCAAUGCAGUGGUAAGAAAAAUUAACACGUGAAUCGGAGAUGAACGGGGAAGAGGAUGUUCUGAUCCCGGAAGAAGAAUUCUUUUACACGCCUAUCUACGGUUUGGCUCCGAUACGCUUUUAUGUUAAAUUUUACUAUUCAGAUGUGAAAAGAUGCAGAAGCUGCUCCUGAGCAAGUCUUUCGCUGAAGAAUAUUAUUGUAGUAGUUUUGUAUUACUAACUCUAUUUAAAUCCAGCUGCUAUCUGCCAAGACUGUAUUCCCGGCCACAGAGCCUCUCUCGACGUUAGUGUUCGGUUCUUCAAAACUUGUGCAUUUUCAUACACACGAGGCUUUGCGAUGCUGGGUCCGGGCCUGAGCGGUAGUUUCAGAGAAAAAACUAUUCAGGGCCUUACUACUAACGGGAUGCUGCUGCCGUUCUUAUUUGACUAUACUUUUGGUGCAUAAUGUAAUUUUAAACGUGACUGCACAUUUUUUUUCUGAGUGAUUCACCAUGAUGAUGGUGUUCCUUUUCCUGGCUGCUUUUAUGAACCAAAAAAAUAAAAACACUACACACAUAUAUAUAUAUGGUCUGUCUUUACUUUUUUCUUCUGAGCGAUGAAAAAGGACCGACUUUUUAGACCCUCCGUUCAAAUAAGUAGAAGUAGUAAAAAAAAUGAAAGCAGCCAUUGUCAGAUUCAAUUUUUACUUAAAUGGUUUUGUUCUUGUUGUCGCUCCUGUUUAGCCAGUUAGUCCCUAGCUGAGAGCAUGCCUCCUGUCAUGUGUAUAGCAUAUAAAAUCCCCGGAAGCGUCUCACUUUUCAAAGACCUCGGAAAAAAAAAAGCUGUUCUCAGAUUUAACAAAUUUGUUGAUUCUUAUCAACGUAAAUAUUGGAAAUCUUCCUGUGUACAAAUGAGCUGUGCAUGUCAAUUUCAGUUUUAUUAUUUUUGCCAUUGUCAGUGUGAAAGUCAAGUUUGAGUCUAGUGUUCCGUCAGUUAAAUGAAAAUUGUAUGUAAUUUAAAUUGGUGAAUAAAGCUGUUUAUCUUUAAA